CAUUACAAUUCUUGGACUUACAGUAUCCGAUUAAAGUCAAUAUUUUGUGUUUGACGAGAAGUUGCUUUUUAAACGAAAAACGAACGAUAACACAACAGGGACACAAUGUCAACCGUGCCAAUGAAUGGUUAAAUUGAAUGUACGAAAGGGCGGUCUUAUCUCUUUAUAACAAAACCUCGUGUUUAACGUUCCUCUCAAAAAUUAGUUAAAGCCCUGCCAGAAUCUGAGUAGGCCAAACAAGAGUCAAGCGAUGCGAAUAUCUACUUAGCUAGCUUGGUCCAAAAGAGCAAUGCGUCACCACACUUUAUGCUUUUUAAUGUGAUAUCUGUGUGUGCGCGUCCUCUCCCCUGUGAAUCCUUGCUACGCGCCUAUAAGUAUAUAACCUGCAGACGGACCUCUUUAAUAAGGAAUUACGGAGGUCUGUAUACAGGCUAAUAGAAGUAUACUAAACAUGAGAUAUUAAAAAUACUAAAACCCUUUAAAAUAUAUUUUUUUAAGUGAAAAAAUUUUUUCUUAUAAAUGACACUUACUCGAUUUUCAAUUUAACUGAAUUUUGAUUACUAGAACAAACAAAAAAAUAAAAAUAAAAAUGGUUAGAUGCCACGAAGUAGGUGGCAUAGCCUUAACCACGUGUUGUAGGUUGAAAGUCCGAAGACUUUUCUCGUCCUUAUCGAGGGAGAUGCUAACCUUCUCUCGGCUCAUACAACACGUCCCUACUGGUACUGGAACUUUUAUAUAACCUAAAUAGGCCAGCGCUAUCUACCAUGUGGGAUACAGGUAAAUGACACAUUUAUCGUUUUUCAAUCAAACACUUCCAAUCGCGUAGGUUUUAGUUCAUCACUAAUUAUUUCUGACAAAAAAGUCAAUUACAAAUUUCUCAGCUGUUUCACAUUUUUGCUAUUUUAGUUCAUUGCGCAUGCGCAGUAAGCGAUUUUAUGAAAUUUAUGUUGCUUUUUGAAAAUGGCAUUUAUUAUGGUCUGAUUACGGAAAACAAGGUAAAGAACACAUAAAAACAGACAUUAGAUAUUUUACAUGGGUGUGAGACAGCCUCCCUUUUCCUCUGCAAAUCCCAACAAAUUAAAUUGAUUUAGUUGAAGAAAAUGCGACCCCGAUUAGCCAGAAUUUCAUCUUUAAAUAAAAUCCUACAGAUCAUGCCCGAAAAGCAUGGAUUCAUAAUCAAAUUAGAAAUUUAAAUGGCCUUUGAGAUCUAGUGUGUAAUGAACUGUAUAAUCACUACUGUUAAUUAUUCAUUCAUUUUUUUUUAUCUCUCUACCUUUUUUUUUUCGAAAUUAUUGACAAGUUCAGAAUAGUGACUCCCCCUCAAAAUCAAAGCGUUUUUUCUCCUCUCUCCUCUUCUCACCCAACAGGUGGCUGUGAGCGUAUGGAAAACAAGACAGGUUGUUGUUCUGUGCUCUUGUAAUUCCUCGAUAUGCGUUUAUCACUCAGAAAUGCCUGUGUACAUCGGAGACCUGUUUCACCAAAAGAAAUCUCUCUGUCAACGCCCGAUCCAAGUAUUCUCCCCUGUUAUCAAGUUUUAUUGAAAUUGACAUAAGCAAUCGACACAAAGGAGAUCUGCCCACUUAUCAAGUGCGUUAGGACGAGGAGUAAUGAUUACUGAAGCGUGGAAGAUCAAGUAGAGCCUUAUUACCUUACUCCAUUGCAUUCAGGCUCCUUCACAUGGAACUGGACUGAACUGUUAUUUCGGCUUUGAUGAUAAAGGAUUCAUUCUAUGACCUGAGACCAAGUCGUAAAGCUUUAGACUUACUAUGGGGUUCAAUUGCGCCAUAUCGUGGAGUACUUUCACCCGAAAGAAGUUCCUAGACCCACAGACGAUAGGGGUAACUCGGCUUGCGCGCUGCCUCAAUACUCUUGACUUGACGUCUCUUGGGGUCGGCUCCACCCUCGGUGCAGGGGUGUACGUAGUCGCUUGCGAGAUAGCGCGCGACGUCGCGGGCCCUGCCACGAUUAUUUCCUUCCUUAUUGCCGGGAUAGCCUCCAUUUUAUCCGGGUUAUGCUACGCAGAGUUCGGUUCACGCGUCCCUAAAGCGGGAUCUGCGUAUGUGUAUAGUUAUGUUACUAUAGGCGAAUUCAUCGCGUUCGUUAUCGGCUGGAAUUUGAUUCUGGAAUAUAUGAUCGGAGCGGCAGCGAUUUCGCGUGCGUGGAGCGCGUAUUUUGAUUCAAUGUUGAACGAUAGAAUCCGCAAUUAUAUUACCCAACACAUUGGAUCCAUCGAUGUCGAUGGCCUCGGGAAUUACCCGGAUUUCCUUGCUCUAACAGUGUGUUUACUUAUCACUCUAAUCCAAGCCGCGGGUGUCAAGAAGUCGGCGCGAUUUGUGUUCGUCAUAACUUGCAUCAACAUCGUGGUUAUCUUAUUCAUAGUCGGCGUUGGAGCGACUCUUGCAAGACCAGAGAACUGGAGCAAUUUCAUGCCUUACGGCCCAACAGGCGUACUAGCGGGCUCAGCCACCGCCUUCUUUGCAUUCGUGGGAUUCGAUGUUAUCGCUACGACGGGCGAAGAAGCCAAGAACCCCAGCAAGACGAUUCCCCUUGCGAUCGUUAUCUCCUUAUUGACCUGCUUUUGUGCGUAUUUUGGCGUCUCAGCCACCGUAACGCUUAUCAUCCCGUACAAUCAACUCGACUAUGGCGCAGCGCUACCCAAGGCUUUCGCUCGCAGGGGUGCAUACUUCGCGCAGUAUGUGAUCGCUAUUGGCGCCCUGUGCGGCAUGACUGCGGCCAUUAACGGCGGGCUAUUUCCCCUUCCUCGUCUCCUGUAUGCCAUGUCAUCUGAUGGCUUGCUUUUCAAGAUGUUCUCAUACGUCAGUAAGCGCACCGAGGUACCCAUUGCUGGGACAGUCUUCUCGGGCGUGCUCGCAGGACUGCUGGCCAUGUUGUUCGAACUGCAGGAGCUCGUAGAAAUGAUGUCAAUCGGUACUUUGCAAGCGUACACUAUAGUAUCCACGUGCGUCCUUAUACUCCGCUACCAGCCGGGCACUAUUGGCGUCGUCAAGGAAACCAAAGAUGACUAUGACACCUCGUCCAUGGCUCCUCAACCGACAGAGCGGACCGGUAGUAUCGCGUGCCGUGCUAUAGGCUGCUUGUUCGCUCUGUUCUUCGCCCUGAGUGCUUUUCUGAUCUAUGGGAUGGUCCCUGUGUUCGAGAGCCGUGCUUGGGCGAUUGCGUUACUCGUGAUCAUCGUUGCGUUACUUGUGGUUUGUAUCGUCGUCGUGUGUGUUCAGCCCAGGAGCAGCUCUGCUCUGCCGUUCAAGGUUCCUCUUGUACCUGGCAUUCCACUCGUGUCCAUGUUCAUCAACAUCUACCUCAUGAUGGAGUUGAGCUCAGUCACGUGGAUCCGCUUUGCGGUCUGGAUGGUGAUUGGUAUGGCCAUCUACCUCUUUUAUGGUAUCCGUCACAGUGUCGAGGGAGCUCGCCAGAGGGACAGUCAGUCUGACUACAUACCCCUUCAACAAGUCGGUGAAGAAGACCAAGAACAAACCCCUGAGGAACCCCCAGCAUCAACAACCAAAACUAUGCCUGCAGAAGAGACAACGAAAAAGACUGAGGAUUUUCCUCCCCCUAGCUAGGAUAGAUGGACUGUAUUUAUUAUUUUCGUGGGAUUUAAAUAACGUAGAGGUGAAUAGAUAUGUAUUUAUCAUUCCCAUGGGAUAAAAAAAUACACCUAAACAUGAAGAAUAGAUACUGUAUUUAUUAUUUCGUGGGAUGAAAAAAGAUAUCGUUAAGGUGAACAAUAGAUAUAUUGUAUUUAUCAUUCCCAUAGGAUGACAAAAAUGCACUUAAGGUGAAGAAUAGAUAUACUAAAUUUAUCAUUCCCACAAGAUAAAAAAAAACACUGGAUGUGAAAAAUAAAUAUACACUGUAUUUAUCAUUCCUUUGAGAUAAAAAAAAAACAAAUUCACUUGGUGAGUGUAGCAAGUUUUUUUCAAGCAGAGAUUCAAGCAAAAAUAUUUUGGGGAGUUGUUUACUAUAUAAAGAUGAAUAAGAGCUUAUUUUGCUAAGCUAGAUAUUCUGUCAUUGUUGUGUUCUAAGCUGUUAAACAGCCUGAUACUUAGGGUUCAUGAUAUAUUAUUUAUGUGUUUGUUGAAACAGUUAAAUGAAAUGUAUAUUUUUUACUUUAUCACUAUGGCAACAAGGUUUUCAGUAAGUGUCAUGGUAUGCUGUAUCUGAUACUGUAUCUAUUAUAUAGCUACAAUGAUAGUGGGACACACUAAAAGCAUGGUUUAGCACAA